GAUUGGCUGGAGUGGCCCGAGCCAGGAAAAUGGCCGCGAGUACGUCCGUAGCCCCGGUGGCUGUGACGGCGGCUGUGGUGCCUGUCCUGGCCACGAACGCCGAUUUCUCAGAUUUGCGGGAAAUUAAAAAGCAGCUGCUGCUGAUCGCAGGCCUUACCCGGGAGCGGGGCCUGCUGCACAGUAGCAAAUGGUCGGCGGAGUUGGCCUUCUCCCUCCCGGCCCUGCCUUUGGCCGAGCUGCAGCCGCCGCCGCCUGUUACCGAGGAGGAUGCCCAGGACAUGGAUGCUUACACCCUGGCCAAGGCCUACUUUGAUGUUAAAGAGUAUGAUCGGGCAGCACAUUUCCUGCAUGGCUGCAAUAGCAAGAAAGCCUAUUUCCUGUACAUGUAUUCCAGAUACCUGUCUGGAGAGAAAAAGAAGGAUGAUGAAACAGUUGAUAGCCUAGGCCCCUUGGAAAAAGGACAAGUGAAAAAUGAGGCUCUUAGAGAACUGAGAGUGGAGCUUAGCAAAAAACACCAAGCUCGGGAACUUGAUGGAUUUGGCCUUUAUCUGUAUGGUGUGGUGCUUCGAAAACUGGACUUGGUGAAAGAGGCCAUUGAUGUGUUUGUGGAGGCCACCCAUGUUUUACCUUUGCAUUGGGGAGCCUGGUUAGAACUUUGUAACCUGAUCACAGACAAAGAGAUGCUGAAGUUCCUGUCUUUGCCAGACACCUGGAUGAAAGAGUUUUUUCUGGCUCAUAUAUACACAGAGUUGCAGUUGAUAGAGGAGGCCCUUCAGAAGUAUCAGAAUCUCAUUGAUGUGGGCUUUUCUAAAAGCUCUUAUAUUGUUUCCCAAAUUGCAGUUGCAUAUCACAAUAUCAGAGAUAUCGACAAAGCCCUCUCCAUUUUUAAUGAGCUGAGGAAGCAAGACCCUUACAGGAUUGAAAAUAUGGACACAUUCUCCAACCUGCUUUAUGUCAGAAGUAUGAAAUCUGAAUUGAGUUAUUUGGCUCAUAACCUCUGUGAGAUUGAUAAAUAUCGUGUAGAAACAUGCUGUGUAAUUGGUAAUUAUUACAGUUUACGUUCUCAGCAUGAGAAAGCAGCCUUAUAUUUCCAGAGAGCCCUGAAAUUGAAUCCUCGGUACCUAGGGGCCUGGACACUGAUGGGACACGAGUACAUGGAAAUGAAGAACACCUCUGCUGCUAUCCAGGCUUACAGACAUGCCAUUGAAGUCAACAAGCGGGACUACAGAGCCUGGUAUGGCCUUGGGCAGACCUAUGAAAUCCUUAAAAUGCCAUUUUACUGCCUUUAUUAUUACAGACGAGCCCACCAGCUUCGGCCCAAUGAUUCUCGUAUGCUGGUUGCUUUAGGAGAAUGUUAUGAGAAACUCAAUCAACUAGUAGAAGCCAAAAAGUGUUACUGGAGAGCUUAUGCCGUGGGAGAUGUGGAGAAGAUGGCUCUGGUGAAACUGGCAAAGCUUCAUGAACAGUUGACAGAGUCAGAACAGGCUGCCCAGUGCUACAUCAAAUAUAUUCAAGAUAUCUAUUCCUGUGGGGAGAUAGUGGAACACUUGGAGGAAAGCACAGCCUUCCGCUAUCUGGCCCAGUACUACUUUAAGUGCAAGCUGUGGGAUGAAGCUUCAACUUGUGCCCAGAAGUGUUGUGCAUUCAAUGAUACCCGGGAAGAAGGUAAGGCCUUGCUUCGGCAAAUCCUACAGCUCCGGAACCAAGGCGAGACUCCGACCAGUGAGAUGCCUGCUCCCUUUUUCCUCCCUGCCUCGCUGUCUGCCAACAACACUCCCACCCGCAGAGUUUCUCCACUCAACUUGUCUUCUGUCACACCGUAAUUGGCUACUUCAAGCAAGUACAUUGCUAGACCCAUAGUAAGCCUUACUUCCAUGUAAAGAAUGGCCAUGUUGUUCAUCCAAGGACCUCAGCUCUCAUUUCUACAGAUGGAAACAGCUCCUUGGGGACAGUGUAUAUAAUCACCUCCAGAGGCGGACUGACAGAUGAAUAUUGGCAGGUACAGAUUUUGUCUUUUGCCAGUUAGGAGCACUUGUGUCUCUUCCGUUCACAGAGUGGCUGCAGAUCUUGGUCUUCUUCACAGAGGCAUUUUUCAUCCCCCUAAAAGUAUCCCUUUUACAGCACUUUAGCACAGGCUUCAGGAACAAAGUGUUAAUGCUUCUGGAGUGCGAGAGACAAGGAAGGAAGCAAAGUCUGCCACUGUACUUUCUGCUGGCAGUAGCCAUAACUGAGUACCCUAGGAGGAGGUCAGGGCACUUUGUAGAAAUAACCUCAUUCUUGGAUCAGCUGAGCAUGACCCCAAUUUUGAAGUCAGAGAUUAGGUUUAAAUGGAGUAGAGCUAUCCAUUUGUACUUUCUCAAGGGAGGCAUUCUUCCAAAACUGGUUUGAGAAGGAGUCUUCUAAAAGCUUUCAAGUUGGAAGUUACUAGAGUUGAAUAAAAGGACAAAAGAAACUCACUGAAGCAUGGAACUGCUGAUGACCCUUACUGAGGGCCAAAGAUGGCUAUAGUGUUAGCUAUACCCCUACCAAAGCAAACCAAGGAGACAGGAUUACAGAUGCUUUCAUGGACAUUUGAAAAUGACUUUUGCUACUACACCGAUGGGAAUAAACUCACUUCAAACUAGUCUGUUUUAAUUUUUUAUGCGUAAUUAUCUUUUUGCCUCCUAUCUCCAACAGAACACAUGUUUUUUCAGCCUUUAUCUGUCUAGACAAGGUAAAGGGAAUCAUUCUUACUGUGGUCUUGGAGGGUUCCAGUCCUGUGCAUGUGUGUUCAGGAGGUAAUUUGCUCUCAUUGUAAUGUCUGCUAUAAUGAAUUUGUACAGAAGAUCUGUGGACCAUCCUGAGCUCAGGUUCCAGCUUUCCUUCCUUUUUAUUCUUGGAACAUCAUUUGUUACCUGUUCACCUCCUAACGUAUGACAUUUCAUUUUAUAUUAAGAAAAGUUAGAAUAGCUCAUGCCACUUGAAUUUAUUUCUUAGUAAGUCAGAUUAGUUGUACACUAGUUACUCGUCUCCACUGCCAUUCCCAGGUGUUUGAUUCUGUUUUUA